AAUCAUUUCCCACAGCAAGUUCACCAACUCACCCAUGUCCAAUGUUCAAACAACUCAGUCAUUGAUAGUCAACUUCAACUCUCCAAUUUCACCACUCAACCCAAACUCUCUUCUUCCUAUUCCUGCAUACAUCUCCUUCUCACUUAAUCAAUGCCUUUCGAUUUGUUCUUCUGGCUUCUCAUUUGUUUCCCUCUCAAUGUUGCCCUUUUAGCCUCAGCCUUCUACCAGGUUUUGAUGUUAUCUGACUUAGAAGCUGAUUAUAUAAACCCUUAUGAUGCUUCGUCUCGGAUCAAUUACUACGUGCUUCCUGAGUUUAUUGCUCAAGGGUUGUUUUGCGCUCUUUUUCUCUUCACGGGUCACUGGUUCAUGUUUCUUCUCAUGCUUCCACUUGCUUCCUAUCAUGGGAUGCUGUACGUUAGGCGGCAGCAUCUCCUUGAUGUUACUGAAGUGUUUAGGGUACUCAAUGCUGAGAAGAAAUUUCGGAUAGCCAAAAUUGCUUUUUACCUAACAAUGGUUAUUAUAACUAUCUUCAGGCUUGUAUUACUCGCCGUCUUCUAUUUAGAUAUGGAUGAUGAAUGACACUGAGAAACUUUGAAUACCUGCUACUUGUGCAGUAUGACAACCUAUGUUGUAAAGAGCUAAUCUUUCAUUUCUAGCACAACUAUAAAAGCUUACCGGUUCCAAGUUAAAUCGCGUGAAAUAGGAUUCAUCUUCAAGGAGAGUUGUAGAAUUUGUGAGGAUUUUUACGUGUCGUGAAAUAGGAUUCAUCUUCAUGAUCAAGUAGUUCCUGAAGAAACUUGUUGGGCUUGAGAUAGUACAUGUUUAUUUGGAUUUUACUUUUGGUCCUUGAUGUUUGUUUGGACUUCAGGAGUUGAACACGUUGUAUUAAAGAAAAGAAACACGUCUUGUAAUAGGAAUGAAAACCUUAUACCUUUUAAUGCAACAUGGGGUGUAUCAUUUUAAGUAGCAUUUUUUAUUUACAACCCUAUCACUGUAUCAUUUGGUGUUCAUUUAAAUCUUAUUCCUAUUUCCCAUAGGUUUAAUAUGAUUAAUUUUUUUUUU